AUGGUCCACCUUCCUCUCGAAGUGCUUGACCAAACUAUCGACUAUAUCGUUGACAACAGCACAUUGACAAGCUGCUGUCUCUCCGCCCGGGUAUUUGUCCAUCCUUGCCAGAAACGCUUGAAUCGCUACUUGGUACUUUCGGCUGACACCUCAUCCUGGACCCGCGCUGCCGAACGCUUCAAGGACACCCCUCACCUCUUACAAUACAUCAUUGAGUUGGACAUCAACAUUUGUACUCCAUGGCGUUCUGACGUCCCGCCCCAAUCCGAAUCAACUAACUUCCUGUCUUCGCUCGCCUCUUCAAGUUUGCGGCGGGUGUCUGUUGGGUCCACAGAUUGGACGAAUUGGAGCCGCCUACCGGGUGCGGUCUCCCAAGCAAUACUGUCGCUCUUACUCUUGCGGCGUCCUCAAACUCUUACUAGUAGCUCUCUGAAUCCAUACCAACUUGUCGAGCUCUGCCAGAUAGAGCACCUUCCUGUGGAUUUGAUCAUCCUCGCUGCGACGGCCACCGCCAAUCUUCGUCUCUACUCCUGUAUAUGGGACUACCGAGCACAGGAUAGGGCCGAAGACUCCGACCUUCAAGCUUUACCCGCAAACACCAGUAUUAGGCUGGACAUUACCCGGCAGGCGAGCAUUGCAAAGAUGUUCCUGCUUACCCGACUUCGCAUCUACCUCCCGCUUAUUCGUGCCAUCACCACUUGGACCAUUUAUGACGACUACGCGCCAAUAGAGGAGCUGUACAAGCAAACAUCCCCGACAAUUGAAAGUCUGGAGUUUCAGUACGGCACAGAUUUAGGGAAACUUGACGGCAAAUAUACACUGCCCAAUUGCUGGCCGCGUCUUCGCACCGUUCACGUUGACACCGAUACCACCCAACUCACCUGGUACCCUGGUUGGGUCCUCAAUCAAUCACUGGCCAACAUCUUUCCUGUCGCUGCCUCCCCCAGCCUUUCCGAGAUCUCGUUUCUUCUACACGUUUUUAGUGAGGACCGUGACCCCGGCAUUCGCAUCGACGACAGCCUCGACUGGCAUAAGCAGGUCGAAGACCCUGCAAGCCAGCCCACUGCAAUCCAGUGGUCUUGGGACUCCACACUCAUGGCCGCUUUCGAUGAUGUAUUUUCGGCGCAUCCAAAACUGAAAACUGUGCGCUGGACCACUCAAAUCGGUGUCAAGCAGGCGCAGGGGUAUAUCGAGCAUCCAUUGGCGCGGGAUGUCCAGCAUGCGGCUUGCCGCGACGCGUUGGAAGGAGCACUGCCCCUCACAAAAGCAAAUGGGCGGCUUGUAAUCGAGAACUCGCACAGGUGA